AUGUCUGAAGAAGGCACAUAUGCACCUAAAAGCCCCGACCUCGCGUCGUUCUUUCAAUCUCAACCUGAAGACCAACACCAACUCCAUCAGCACCAGCAACAGCACCAGCAACAGCAACAGCAGCACCAGCAGCAGCACCACCAUCAGCAACCCCCACCUGUCAGCCCCUCGCCCCAGAACAUUAACUGGUACCACGCCCCAGGCGGCGACCAAAGUCACUCCCGAUCUUAUUCAUAUUCUGCCCUGUCUGCCUCUGCCCAGAGCCCGACUGGCCCUGCUUUCUCCAGCUACUCUUCCUACCAACCUCUGAGCGCAACAACGCCCUCAUAUACACAUUCACCGCGUUUUUCGCCCCACCAACAACACCAGCAGCUGCAAUCACAUCCCCAGUCACUACCACAGUCUCAACCACAACCGCAACCCCAUUCACAGCCCCAGCAGCCUUCUUUUUACUUCCCGCCCAACGCUGCCGUUCCACACCAACAACACGCACCCGCUCACCAACAACCCACCUAUCAACAACCACCGUACCCACAACACCAGGCCUACCAGCAGCAAGGGUAUCCUCAGCCACAAAUUCAACACGACGUGCAGCCUUACCUCAAAACCGAGGAUCCCUUUCACCACCAGCAAAUCAAACCGGACUUCCCGUCCGACACCAUCAAAUCAGAGGACAAUCCAGAAGACUCAAGCAUGCCACCACGACGCUCUGCUGCUGCUGCCGCAGCGGCCGCCGAGGCCGAGGCUGCAGGCAUGAUGGAGUCACCAGUCAAGACCAAGUUUCCGACCGCCCGCAUCAAGCGCAUCAUGCAGGCCGACGAGGAGGUCGGCAAGGUGGCCCAGCAGACGCCCAUCGCCGUCGGCAAGGCGCUCGAGCUGUUUAUGGUGCAGCUGGUGACCAAGAGCGCCGAGGUCGCGCGCGAGAAGAACUCGAAGCGCGUCACCGCCGCCAUGCUCAAGACCGUCGUCGAGGCCGACGACCAGUGGGACUUCCUGCGGGACAUCGUGAGCAAGGUCGAGCACGACAAGGACGGCUCAAGGGCCAAGGCCGCCAAGAACGAGAGCAGCGACACCGAGGAGGAGGCCGAGCCCAAGAAAAGAAGGGGCGGCCGCAAGAAGAAGGCCGCCUAG